GUUGUGAGAACUAGUAUGAAGAAGGAACUCGAGGCAGCAAAGACAAAACCUUCUCCAAGAGACUUGUUCCACACACCCAUCCUAUGUAAGCGGAUAUGUAUCCUGUCCUUUAUGAGAUUUUUAUUUACGCUAUCAAUUUUUGGCCUGUCAAUUCACCUCCAACACCUGAGUACUAAUGUUUUCCUGUUGCAGUUUCUCAUUAGUGCAGUGUCCAUACUGUUCAGUGUUGUUGGACAUUUCCUACUCAAUCGCAUGGGCCGUAGAAUAACUCAGCUGGCUUUCAUGUUCUUGAGGGGAUCCUUUAUUCUGAUUGCCAUAUUUGUACCUCAAGAAAUGCAGACCCUGCGAAUUAUUAUGGCCACAUUGGCAGGAGCACUUUCUCCUCUUUCCCUUAGUGUUAGCCGUCUUCAUACAAAUGAGCUACUCCUGACCACAUUAAGGGCGACAGGUAUAGGAGUCAUUGGAAUGUUUGGUAACAGUGGAUUAUUCAUGGCCCCCCUGUUUAUGAUGCUAGCGACAUACUCUACCAGCUUGUCCUGGAUCUUCUAUGGAGGCUUCUCCAUCCUCAAUGGACUUACUGUGUUUCUCCUUCCUGAAACUAAGAAUCAGCCUCUUCCUGAGUCCACCCAUGAUGUAGGAACUGAUUGGAAAGAGUCAAGACAAUCAAAGAAAGAGGAUCUCAUCAUUAAAGUUACAAGGUUUUAAGGAACUCCUGGAAUUGUCACCUGAUCAAAGAACAAGAGAAAAAAAUGGUAUUCAAGACAUGGUGACAAUUUUCCCAGGAUGAUUACUCAGAAUUAUUCAUUGAUAUUAUCAACCUUCUUAAUAAAUAUAGAUAAAAUAGAAAAUACAGAUCACAUUGGAAAUGCUGCAAUAGAUUACUAUAUGUCAAAUACCUAUGAGUAAUCACAUAAGUGAAUUGAAGAAUUGAAAAGAACAUUAAAAGAAAUCCUGCUUGAUUAGUUUUGUAAUCAUGUAUACCAUUUUUUGAUAACAUAUGUAUUCUAUUUUUUCCACUGCUAUGAUACAAUACCUGAGAAAAUUAAAGGAAGCAAUCUUUAUUGUUUUGCACAAAUCCA